AAACAGAUCGCAAUAAAGUGACCCGGAAGGACACUGUAGCUUUCGCGGGAUUGAGUACCGGUAGUGAUCGAAAUAGGUUACCAUGGUAUUUUUUUUUCCAUAGCGACGGCAGCGUUUACCCUUAGCAACCAUGGCGGAGAGCAAAGAAGACGGUACAAAGUCGGCUUUAGAACAAGUCGAAGAAUUAAGAUGCGCAAAUGCCUUUCUCCAGACAGAGAAUGAGACGUUCGAGUGUUUCCUCAGUCGGAUGGACUCUCUCAGCUUGGGCUCACCGCUUGCAUCCCAGAUGGAGAAGGAAGCGGGGUGUGGAGGACGAUCUGAAAGCAGCGAAACAUCUCAGGAGCCGUCGAAUCUCCUGACACUGGAACAGAAGUGUUACAUCGCAGAGAGAGAGCUGGAAGAGACGAGGAGAGAGCUGGAGCCGUCCGACACCACCAGUUUAUCAAGAAAUGUCAAUUAUUAUAAGGCUGCUAUAGAAAACUCGGACAGGCGUCUGGUCCAAAUUAAGAGGGAGAGGCAUGAGUUUGAAGAGUUUGUUGCUAAAAUUCGACAGACAACACCGGUUCAGGCACAGAGGGCACAAAAGAUCAUCGGGUACAUCGAGCGGCAAAUAAACACCAAGGAAACGCUGACGGAAAGGAUUCGCAGGAGAAACAAGUUUUUGCGGAUACAAAACUGGAAGCAGCAGGUCAUGGUGCAGAGGAAGGAACAGAUGCAAGAGAAGCUGUCCAGGAUCGAUUUGGAGCACCUGACUCAAAAGAACACCCAGUCACGCGAGUUUCUGCAGAAGUUCCAGGAGCAACUGCUGCAUCACAGAAUGCUGGUUCGAAAGAGCCAACAUGUAUUGAACCUUUUCAAGGAGCGGCUCAAGAAGGAAGUGAUGGAAUCAGAUUCGCUGAGCAGAAAAAUCGCUUUACAUGAAGAAAAGCUGUCAAAGAUCAGAGAGCAACAGCAGAAGGUCGAGAAGGAGCGAGCUCAGGCCGAGGAUCUGAAUAAGAAGCUGAAAGAGCAGUCGGCUAAUUUCCGUGUCCCUGAGGUCAUGGAAUACGUCGAAGCCAAGGCCACGAAUGAUCAACUCAGGCAGACCAUCAAGUCCUUGGAGCGUAAAGAGAGGAUUGCUAAGAUGACAUCGAAGACUAAGAAAAAGAGUCCAGGAGACUUGGGAGGCUGCAGUAAGAGCGAGGAGCACUAAUCCCUGAUCAACAAACCCAUCAACCUUUCGAUCGAUCGACC